AUGGCACUUCCAUGGUUGAAUAAAUUGCUGGAAACUGUAUUUUUCGAACCGUGUCCACUUCAUGGAGAUUUUGGAGUACCAGGCGAAUGCAAUCUGUAUUGCAUUAGCUGCAUGGGAGAUCCAUUUUGUAUUCACUGUAGAGAACCACACAAUGACCAUCGAGAUCAGGUUCUUCAGAUAAGGAAAUGUUUGCAUCAAGAGGUCGUAAGGGUCGAUGACAUUGAGAAGCACUUCGACAUUUCUUCGAUACAGGUAUACAAAAUAAAUGACCAACCUAUUGUUUUUCUGAAUAAGCAAGAGGAGACUAGAAGGCAUGGAAGAGUUAAUUGUCAAAUGUGCAACCGAUACCUCUCCAACCAAGAUUCAAGGUUUUGCUCUAUCAGUUGCAAGGUAAAUACAGUUUCGAAUUCCAGCCUCGAACAUCAAGCAAACGAGAAAAGUAUUCCUCAUUCCUUAUAA